GUUUUGUGGCUGUCAUUAAGUCUGGUCUCGGGCAUUAAGUGAAGCAGCGGCAGCUGUUUGCCGGACCGUGGGGAGGGAAAGUCCUCCGUGCUUCGGUGUUCCUGGCGUCUCGCUUCAGCACGGUUUCCGUCCAAACCCUCCCCACGUUUUCUUCCUGUCUCUGUCGGCCGCCAUGUACCGGUAUCUAGGGGAGCUCCUGGCUCGCGGGGCGGCCGCUUCCUCGCCGUCUGCCGGCGAGGGCGGUUUGCAGCGCAUCUGCGGCCCGGCUGCGCUGCUCCACUGCCGGCGAUACUCCACCGAGCCCUCGGCCGCCCAGCAGCAGGACGACCCGAACUUCUUCACCAUGGUGGAGGGGUUUUUCGACCGCGGGGCGAAGAUCGUGGAGGACAAGCUGGUGGAGGACUUGCGGACCCGCGAGUCGGACGAGCAGAAGCACAACCGGGUGCGGGGCAUCCUGAAGAUCAUCAAGCCCUGCAACCACGUCCUGUCCAUCUCCUUCCCCAUCAAGAGGGACAAUGGCGAGUGGGAGGUUAUCGAGGGCUACCGAGCUCAGCACAGUCAGCACCGGACGCCCUGCAAAGGAGGAAUCCGUUACAGCAUGGAUGUUUGUGUGGAUGAAGUGAAAGCCCUGGCCUCUCUGAUGACUUACAAAUGUGCAGUGGUUGAUGUGCCAUUUGGAGGUGCCAAAGCUGGAGUGAAAAUUAACCCAAAGAAUUACACAGAUUCUGAAUUAGAAAAAAUUACAAGAAGAUUUACCAUUGAGCUUGCAAAGAAAGGAUUUAUUGGACCUGGUAUUGACGUGCCGGCCCCUGACAUGAGUACGGGUGAGAGAGAGAUGUCCUGGAUUGCCGAUACUUUUGCCACUACAAUGGGACACCAGGAUAUAAAUGCUCAUGCCUGUGUGACUGGUAAGCCCAUCAGCCAAGGUGGUAUCCACGGCCGUAUUUCUGCUACAGGACGUGGUGUCUUCCAUGGGAUAGAGAACUUCAUCAAUGAAGCGUCCUACAUGAGUGUUUUGGGAAUGACUCCAGGCUUCGGAGAUAAAACUUUUGUUAUUCAGGGAUUUGGUAAUGUAGGCAUGCACUCCAUGAGGUACCUGCACCGUUAUGGGGCCAAGUGUGUUGGUGUUGGUGAAUUGGAUGGUUCAAUUUGGAAUGAUGAUGGCAUUGAUCCCAAGGAGCUAGAGGAUUAUAAACUGGCACAUGGAACAAUUGUUGGAUUCCCUAAAGCAAAGCCAUACGAUGGCAACAUCCUGGAGGCAGAGUGUGACAUUCUAAUCCCUGCAGCUGGUGAGAAACAGCUGACCAAGAGCAAUGCAAGAAAAGUCAAAGCAAAGAUUAUUGCUGAAGGUGCUAAUGGGCCAACAACUCCAGAAGCUGACACAAUAUUCAUGGAAAGGAACAUCAUGGUUAUUCCAGAUCUAUAUCUGAAUGCUGGUGGUGUCACAGUUUCCUAUUUUGAGUGGCUGAAAAAUCUGAACCACGUUAGCUAUGGCCGUUUGACUUUCAAAUAUGAGCGGGACUCCAACUACCAUCUACUAAUGUCUGUUCAGGAAAGUUUGGAAAGGAAGUUUGGCAAGCAUGGCGGUACUAUACCAGUUGUACCAACAGCAGAAUUCCAAGCCAGAAUAGCGGGUGCUUCUGAGAAAGAUAUUGUCCACUCUGGUCUUGCAUAUACCAUGGAACGCUCAGCAAAGCAAAUCAUGCGCACAGGGAUGAAAUAUAACCUGGGCCUGGAUUUGAGAACAGCUGCCUACGUCAACGCUAUCGAGAAAGUCUUCAAGGUGUACAAUGAGGCUGGUCUGACAUUCACAUAGAGUUUGCACCGUCCGUCCCUUAGGAAGCCCCCACCUGCCUCGACUUUUCCUCAGCCUAACAUGUCAAACGUUUACACAGUAAAAUUUUCUUUCCCAAUGGUUUAAAAAGUAAGGAACACUUCUUCUCCAAUAGGAGCUGCCAGAAUUAGUGAAUAGGUUAAAUAAUUAACAUAACCCACAAGCCAAUAUUAAGGCUUAUAGAAAUCUUUAUGAUCUCGCACUGCUGGCAAGUGGGAGCCACGUUAACAUUUUACUUAAGGGAGGAGCUUUUCAAUGCAUAGCAUCCAAUUUGUGGUCUCCAGCUAGCAAACCCCCUUAGCAAUUUUAUUAAAUUGACAAAUAUGCUCACGGGAGAUUCUAAAGCCUGUUUGCUGUCUGGUCAUUUGAUUGUCAUUUGUUUUCACUGACUCUGUUUGUCCCAGGUGUCACAAGGUUAUCUGUAGCACUUCUAUCAAAAUUCUAUUAUUUUCGGCUUCUGUUGUGUAUCAAGCGGAAAAGAACCAUAUCCGUUUGGGAUAGUUAAGCUUUUGCCAGAAUGUUUUUUUUAAAUUGGUUUGCUAUAAUUUCAUAUUUUGAUGACUUAUUUUAACAAGAUAUCUUAAAUGAGCAAAGUGCUCCUGGGUUUCAGAGAGCUAACAUUACACUAUUUCUCCUUCCUAAUUAUGGUUUGUUGACCUUGCUACAAAGUUUACUUGUGCAUUUUGGGUUAAACGUCAGGCUGUAUUGUGACACUGGCCGUGAUGGGAUAAUGGUAGGAAUCGUUAACUCCAGGAGCUUGAAGUGGAGAGGGUACAUGCACAUUAGACAGCACACUUGUAUUGUAACACGUGGCCAUGGUUAGGGUUCUAUUUACAUAAAAUGGAUCUAACUUCCGUUCAGUGAAGUUGGCAAAAGAGUACGUGGAAGUAAGGAUGAGGGGGUUUGCAGAGAAGUGCAAUUUUUUUGAGUAAAAGCUGUUCUCAGCCAGUUUUUAUCUUCCUUUUGUCCAUUUACUUAUGUAGCAAAGAAGUCAAUGUUGUUCAAAUUGCAUUUACAUUAUGGUACAGUGACCUUGCUCUUGUGGUUUCAGAGGAACAAUGGAGCAGUGCAUUUAGGAGCCCUGACUAAUGAGCCCAUUAGUGGAAGCACUUAGUGUGGUCUCAAAAUAGACAUUACUCUGGUAUUAGGAGAGUGAAAUUCAGAAAACAAAUGAACACUGGCAAUCAUGGCUUUCAAAUAACUUGUGCAGCUAUAUAUUUUUUGAAUUAGUGCUAUGGAAUCCAGCCUCCAUUAUGAAUAGGACAGAACACCCAUAAUCAGAAACCAAUACAAGUACAGAAGCAACUUUACUAUAAAUCUGUCUUUUUAUAAAAGCAUUUUCUCUAGAUAGAAUAUUCAUUUGCAACUGUAAAGUCAGAAGAUUUUUUUUAGUUUUUUUUUAAACUUAUUUGAAAGUUUUCCCUGUGCUUUGGAGGUCAAAUAUGACUUCCCAACUUUGUGCAGCAAUUAGGACCGUGAGCACAUUGAAUUUUGUCUGCCUUAUUGGAAAACUGCAGCUGUCUUUCAUCAAAGUUCCCUUCAGUCCUGUCUCAAACACUUUAUAUAGAUGUAAAAGUUUUUUUUUCAAAUUACAAUCCCCUAUUAGCAGUAUGUGUCUAUCUGGUAAACCCUGUAGAGUGGCUUCAAGUCUUCUGCACAAGCAAGUCAGGGGAAUGGCAUCUUCUGGCUGUGUGAAUGACAUGGGUGUAUCCAGUGUAGUACCAUAUGUUGCAAAGAUAGUUUUGUAGAUUGCUCAGGCAAAACACUAUAACAGCACCUGAUCUUUUUAAAUUUGCCAGUUGGAUUUGUGACUAUGCACUUUCACAGCAUUAACCAGAUUUUGAACUGCCCUGAUCCGUUUGUUAAAAUGGACAACUUAAAAAUCGUAAGCUGCAGGAUACUGCUAAUGUUGUCAUCUUCUGUGGAUGUUUUGUAGCCGGUUUCCUCCUCCUGUCUAGCUCUUGAGACCUUGGUGAAUGUUCAGAAUGGAAUUGUGUAUGACAAAAGGAGACGAAAGUAUGUUUCAAAAUUCUGUAGGAUUAAGCAUGUCAAAUUUGUCUGUUUUUGGCAUUCCCCUUUCUGGGUGCAAUCAAGUGCCAGAUGAACCUUUUUUUUUAAAUUUUGUUCUUUUCUACAUUCUUUGUAAUUGCAUGAAGGUAAAUUGACAGAUUAUUAAAUUCUUAACAUUUCAGAA